AUGAUAAGCAUAGAGAAUCUGACAUUCACAAAAUCCAAUGAGCACCAGAGGAACAUCAGUGACAGAGUGCAUAAUCUGGGCAGUAUUAACGAAGUGAAGGAGUUCCGGAAAUUGGACAUGACAGUUUUUCAGCAUCACACCGUAGAGCACCCAAAAGAAAGCAAAAGCUCAUCUUCUGAUCAUUACGACGAAAAAUAUAUAUCGCUUAACUGUGUCUGGUUCCUUUAUUUAAUUUUCGGCGCUGAACUGGUUCCACAGGCAGCUGCACAAGCAUUUAUAUGUGAUGUUGGUCUAGAACUUUUUUUUUGCCAUGGAUCGAUCGCUGAUUUGAACCAGAUGACAAACAUUAGUCCCUCCGUCGGAAACCAGAUUGAAGCUCGACUUUCUGCCGAUGAUUUUGAUGCAGUAUCCUAUGUACGUGAAUGUCUUCAAGAAGUUAAGAGCGGCGAUGAAGUGAAACAUCUUCGAGCGUUGCGUUCAAAGUUAAAUGCACUCAAUAAUGCUUCUUCUGAUUCAAUAAGGAAAAACAUUUUUCAGAACUACCACCAGUUUAUAGAAACAUUUAUGUGUAAACGCGGCUGCCUAACUUUAAUUUUCAGAGUUCUAAGCUCAUGA